AUUUUUCUUUUUUAGCUCUUGUUCGCCAAAAAAAGGCGACGUCGAAGCCGUGUCAGCACGUUAUUUUUACGCUAAUUCGUAUUGAUAUUUUUCAAAAUCUUAUCAAAAGUGUAAAAAAAUAUAUUCCAAAAUGUCACAAUUCGAUUUAACAAGGAUUAACUGCCAAUUUUUGGACAGACAUCUUACUUUCCCACUGCUGGAAUUCUUGUGCGGAAAGGAGAUAUACAAUCAACAAGAACUUUUGGAAUAUAUUCUAGACACAGUUAAUAAAACUAAUAUGAUUGAUUACACAAUGGAUACACGCAAACGUUUGAAUCUUAGCCAAGAGAUGCCGGAGGAACUGGUGCAGCGUAAAGCUGAGGUGCUUGCUACUUUAAAGCAAUUGCAAAAUGAAGUUGCACCAAUCAUGAAAGCCACCGACAUUUUGAAAAAUGGUGAGAGCAUGAAGGAUUCUAAAACUUUCGUCAAUGCUCUGCAGAAGGAUUACAACUUUAAGGUGGAACAUUUAGAGAGUGCUUACAAGUUGGCGAAAUAUUUGUAUGAGUGCGGUAACUACCAAGAGUCUACGUCUUACUUGUACUUCUGCCUGAUUGUUAUGUCGCCAAAUGAUAAGAACUACUUAAAUGUUUUAUGGGGAAAGUUGGCUGCUGAAAUUUUGACUCUGAAUUGGAACACAGCUUUGGAAGAUCUGACACGUCUGCGUGACUACAUCGACAAUGCCAAUUUCUCAACAAUUCAAGCGCUUCAACAACGUACAUGGUUGAUACAUUGGUCGGUGCUGGUAUUUUUCAAUCACCCUAAAGGACGCGAUCUUAUCAUAGAUAUGUUCUUAUACAAACCACUUUACCUUAACGCCAUACAAACAAUGUGCCCACAUAUAAUGCGCUACUUGGCCACCGCCGUCAUUAUCAAUCGCACUCGUCGUAAUGCCCUCAAGGACCUCAUUAAGGUGAUCCAACAAGAAUCGUAUACAUACCGUGACCCCAUAACGGAGUUUUUGGAAUGUCUCUAUGUCAAUUUCGAUUUUGAGGGUGCACGUUUGAAACUUCACGAAUGUCAAACAGUGAUUUUGAACGACUUUUUCAUAGUGGCCUGUUUGAAUGAAUUCGUUGAGGAUGCACGUCUUAUGAUUUUUGAAACUUUCUGCCGUAUACAUCAAUGCAUCACUAUUAGCAUGCUCGCCGAUAAAUUAAACAUGAAACCCAACGAGGCUGAAUGUUGGAUUGUGAAUUUAAUACGCAAUGCUCGUUUAAAUGCAAAAAUCGAUUCUAAAUUGGGGCAUGUGGUUAUGGGCACUCAACCAUUGAGUCCGUAUCAGCAACUUGUUGAAAAGAUUGACUCCUUGUCGAUGCGCUCGGAACAUUUGGCUGGUCUAAUCGAACGUAAGAGUAAGCAAAAGAAUCCUGAAUCUAUCGACUCGUGGAAGUAUUAUUAAGUCGAGUGCAAAAUAAAAUAAUUCUGUAAUUAGUAGCACGAUCAAACAGUGAAGUUCGAUUUACUCACGAGUGAUUUGGUGAAGAAGGGAAGGUCAUAUUUAUUACAUUAUAAGCAAUGAUUAAUAAAGAAUUUUAUAUAUUCCAUGUAAA